AGGAGGCAAACAUGCGAUAUAAAACUUGGUAGCUGUAAAUUUAAAAAAAAAGGGGGUUGUGAUUAUUGUGUUUUGUUAGAAGGCCUUUUGCCCUUAAGUUUUAAUGAAGCAUCUUGGUUUGUUUUGAAGGAGUUGUAUGUCUUUUUAAAAUAAAAUAGUUUGUGAGAAUUAGCUUUUGUGUUUUUGUGCUUGUGUGUGAAAUGUAUGUUGUGGGAGGGGGGGAAAUAUCCUUAAAAAAAAAAAUGUGCUUACAAUAAAAAAAAAAAUAGAGCCAGGACUAGUUCAGACAUGUUUGAGUAUAAUACAGUUAAUAUGGAGAUAUACUUAUCUCAUAAGACCUGCCUUUUUACUAGCAGGACCAAAUAUUCAUUUUUACCCCAGAUCAAGGAUUGAACUUACAACCCUGGGUUUACCAAACCAUUACUCAAACCACUGAGCUAUCCAGGCUCUGUUGAAAUGAAUGGAUUUAAGCAUACACAACCCUCACCCCCACAACCCAGCUCACAAAAGGGUGUGUUGCAGUUUACCUGUGGUGAUUAAAUUAACCUUUUAGCAACUAUUUGAAAAACAAUGGGCAUGAGAGGCUAUAAAAAUCUUAGGUGUGCUGGAGUUUGUCCUUUUUAACAGAAAACCUUCUUGGAGAGCUGCUGGACUCAAAAAGAGGUAAGACCUUGUGCCUUUAACUCUGAAACUAUAAAGCCACUUUUUGCCCAGGCUGUCUUAGUAAAUAAUGGUGCCUGUAUGUAUUUCAGGGGUGGAUCUGUUUAGCAUGGAACCAGGCCAAGGCCCAAGCACACAUGGGGGGGAACAGAACAACCAUGUCCCUGCAACACUUUAUCCCAUAGUAAAAGUACAGUCAAAACAUGAGAAAUCCUUAGACCAGAGGGAAAACAAACUCAAAAGAAAAAGGAAGGAGACGGCUGAAAAGGAAAAUUCACCAGCAUCAGUGACUGAAGGAUGCAUGAAGCCCUGCAGGGGCAACCUUUCUGAAAAUGCUGUUGUCAGCGCUACAAGGACAAGGACACCUCCUCCAGAACCACUAAAGAACCAGGAAUCUGCUUUGAGACCUUUAACAACGCAAAACAGCCCAGACCUCAUAUACGUGAAACCCAAGGACAAAACAAAAGACUCUGGUAAAAAACCACCACACAAACACAACUCCAGUUCCUCAGCGGUCACCGCCACACCAAGCCCUGAGGAAACUGUGAGCGAAAAUGCCCACGUUCACAACCCCAGAGCACGCACUCUAGGGGUUCUGAAGGUGCGCAGACCUGGAGCAUGUAGUGUAUGGGCUCCAUAUAAAAAACCAUGGACUAGAAGCUUCUGCAAUGCCGAGGUGUUGCAACCACACAAACACGAUUCCAGUUCCUCAGCGGCCACAGCCACACCAAGCCCUGAGAAAACUGUGAGCGAAAAUGCCCACGUUCACAAACCCGGAGCAUGCGCUCUAGGGGUUGUGAAUAAAACACCGAGCACUGACAAAACAUUCUCCCAAAACCAUAAGCUCGCCGCAGCUCCCCCGAGUUCUAGUGUUUGGGAAGAGUUUGAUGCUUCCAUCAGAAAAGUGAUGGAUGCUGUAUCCUUGGGGAGUCUAAAAGAACGGCCUUCUAGAAAGACUUGGGAAAAAUAUGAUUCUUUGUUCAGAGCAAUGCUGAAAGACAGGAGGGUUGGAAAGGGUGUCUCUAAGCAGGCAUGACUAGUCGUGGAAAGGGGCCUGGGUAAAAGGGGCACCCUCCA